AUGUCGGGGAACAACAUCAAGGUCGUGUGUCGAUUCCGUCCGAUGAACCGGAUGGAGAACGAGGCCAAGAGCGAGAAAUGCGUCGAUAUCACAGACGAUAACCUCACGGUGCAGAUGAAGAGCGCCGGCUCACUCGCUGGACCGGAGAAGGACGAUGACCGCCUCGGUGCUAACCACCCAUUGCUAGGCUUCUCGUUUGACCGCGUGUUUGACACCGACACGCGCCAGGACGAGAUCUUCAACUUUGGCGUCAAGGGCAUUGUGGAAGAUGUCAUGACGGGCUUCAACGGCACGCUGUUCUGUUACGGUCAGACUGGUUCCGGUAAAACGUUUACCAUGAUGGGCGCGGACAUUGAGAACACGGAGCUCAAGGGUCUCAUCCCGCGUAUCACUGAACAGAUCUUUGCCUCGAUCCUCUCGGCCGACAACAACAUCGAGUACACCGUCAAGGUCAGCUACAUGGAGAUUUACAUGGAGAAGAUCAAGGACUUGCUUGCUCCGCACAACGACAACCUGUCGAUCCACGAGGACAAGGCCCGCGGCGUGUACGUCAAGGGCCUGACGGACGUCUAUGUCGGUUCCGAGGCCGAGGUGUUCCAGGUCAUGAAGGCCGGUGGUGCGUCGCGUGCCGUCUCGUCGACCAACAUGAACGCCGAGUCGUCGCGUUCGCACUCGAUCUUUGUCAUUGGUAUCCACCAGCGCAACACGGACACGGGAUCCCAAAAGUCGGGUCACCUCUACCUCGUCGAUCUGGCUGGUUCCGAAAAGGUCGGCAAGACGGGCGCCUCGGGCCAGACUCUGGAGGAGGCCAAAAAGAUCAACAAGAGUCUGUCGGCGCUCGGCAUGGUGAUCAACUCGCUCACGGAUGGAAAGUCGACCCACAUUCCCUACCGUGACUCCAAGCUCACGCGUAUUCUGCAAGAGUCGCUGGGUGGUAACUCGCGCACGACGCUGAUCAUCAACUGUUCGCCUGCCUCGUUCAACGAGCCCGAGACCAUUUCCACGCUGCGUUUCGGUAUGCGUGCCAAGUCGAUCAAGAACAAAGCCCGCGUCAACGUCGAAAUGUCCCCCGCAGAGCUCAAGGCCAUGCUCAAGAAGACGGUCGCCGAGCUGGCCAUGGUCCGCGAGCACGCCGCAAGCCUCGAGGAAGAGGUCAAGAUCUGGCGUGCGGGCGGCAAGGUCGAGCAGGCCAACUGGACUCCUGCUCUUGCUGCUGCCCUGGCCACGGGUCCCCCAGCCCGCAGCGGCAGCCGUCUGGCCGCCGCAAGCCCCACGCCGACAUCGCUCUCGGCCGUCAGCGACAGCAGGCCCGACACUCCCACGACGUUUGGCGUCGCGCUCGAAAAGGACGAAAAGGAAGAAUUCCUGCGUCGCGAGAACGAGCUUGCGGACCAGCUUGCCGAAAAGGAGAGCGCGCUCGCCACGCAGGAAAAGCUCAUGGCCGACCUCAAGGACGAGAUUGCCUACCUCAAGGAGCAAGAGGGCUCGUGGAUGAAGGAGAACAAGACCAUGUCGCACGAGCUGUCCGACCUCCGCAUCGCGUCUGCCCGCCUCGAGUCCGAGUCCAAGGACGCCUCGAUCACCAUUGACACGUACAAGGAGAAGGUGGUCGAGCUCCAGCGUGACAUUGACGAGCAAAAGGCCCAGAUCGGCGAGCUCAAAAAGGUCCAGACGCGCGAAAAGGAGGAGGAAAAGGAAAAGCGCAAGCAGGAGAUGCUCAACGAGAUGAUGGCCAAGAUCGACAUGGGCGGCACUACCCUCGACGCCGCCGGCGAAAAGCUCCGCCAGGUCCUCAAGGAGCUCGACAAUGUCAAGGACGCCGACCAGUCGGCGGCCCUCAGCUCGCAGACGCGCGAGCUCAUCCGCUCCCACAUUGCCGAGAACCAAGAGGCCGUGCGCGACCUCCAGGAGCGCCUCCGUAUCAGCCAAGACGAGGCCGAGCUCCAGGAGAAGCGCACCCAGGAGGUGGAGAAGCUCCUCACCAACCGCGACGCCGCCUACGAGGACCUCUUGGAAAAGACGGCCUCGAGCCAGUCGGUCGCUGUCACCGACAUCCGGUCCCAGUUUGCCUCCAAGUUUGCCGCUCAGGAGGAGCGUCUCCGCGGCGAGAUUUCGGUCCUCACCGAGCGUGCCGAGAGCCGCGCGGCCGAGAUCCGCAGGCUGCAGAGCACGAUUGAGACGUACAAGCUUUCCAACGAGGAGCUCAACCGCGCCCUGUCGACGGCCUCGGCCGGCAUUGCCGACGGCGAGUCGUUCGCCAACGCUACGCGCGAGCUGGAGCGUAACCGCAAGCAGUACGAGAGCCAGUACGCCGACUUUGAGGUCAUCAAGAAGAGCCUCAUGAAGGACCUGCAGAACCGCUGCGAAAAGGUUGUCGAGCUCGAGAUGCAGCUCGACGAGGUGCGCGAGCAGUACAAGGUCAUUGCGCGUUCCGCCAACUCGCGUGCGCAGCAGCGCAAGCUCGAGUUCCUCGAGCACAACCUCGACGCCCUCAAUGUGGUCCAGAAGCAGCUCGUGGAGCAGAACACGGCCCUCAAGAAGGAGGUCGGCAUCGCCGAGCGCAAGCUCAUUGCGCGCAACGAGCGUAUUCAGAACCUCGAGUCGCUACUCAACGAGGCCGACUCGCGCCUGGCCCAGAAGAACCAGCGGUACGAGCAGCAGAUCCAGGCCAUCCGCGAGCGUCUCGCCGAGGUGCAGGCCCAGCAGCAGACGUCGUACAACCACGCACGUAUCGCCAAGCCCCUGCGCGGCGGAGGCGGCGCCGGUGCCGGUGGUGCGGGUACUGCCCAGCCCCAGCCCGUGUUCUCGAGCGCCAACCCGCUCGCCCGCGUCCAGGACGAGAGCGUCGCGAGCGCCAAGCGUCAGUCGUGGUUCUUCUCCCCCUCGGCGUCGCCUCGCGGAUAA